GCGGUUCUAGCAUUGAUUUUAACACAUUUUAACUUUUUUCUUUUUUUUUCAAAAAAGAAAAAAGUUACAGUUUCGAACAACAAAAUAAUAUUUUAAUGGUAAAUGUUUCGCAAGAAUUGGAUCAUGCAGGAUCAUACCUUGUGCGGUCGCACCACCGGCCGGCUCUGAAUAUAUUCGAACUCGAACUCGUAGCAAUACUGUGAUCUGUCAACUUAGCCGCAGCUUCAUAGGCUUAAUUACUAAUUCAAUAGAUUUUAAAAUAACAUAUUUUUCAUAGAUUAUUUUCGCAUUCGACAUAAAAAUUAUUAUUAUUAUUUAACGAUAUCAUGCACGAAGACGAGAGGGGGCGAAGCGAUCUGUGAAAGACAUGGCUCGAAGACCAGAACAUUUGGCUCCGCCAGAAAUCUUUUAUAAUGACGAAGAGGCGAAAAAGUAUACUUCAAAUUCCAGAAUGAUUGAAAUUCAAACCCAAAUGUCAGAAAGAGCAAUUGAACUGUUAGCACUACCAGAUGAUGUACCAUGUUGUAUUUUAGAUAUAGGAUGUGGAUCAGGUUUAAGUGGACAAGUGUUAGAAGAACAAGGACAUAGCUGGAUUGGUGUUGAUAUUAGUCAAGCUAUGUUAAAUAUUGCAAAAGAAAGAGAAGUGGAAGGUGAUGUGAUUCUUGGAGACAUGGGAAAUGGAAUGCCAUUUCGUGCUGGUUCUUUUGAUGGAGCAAUUAGUAUUUCUGCUAUUCAGUGGUUAUGUAAUGCUGAUAAGACUACUCAUAAUCCAGCAAAACGACUCUCCAAAUUCUUUUCGUCAUUAUAUAGUUGUUUGAGUCGAGGUGGUAGAGCAGUUUUCCAGUUCUAUCCUGAAAAUAACAAUCAGGUGGAGUUGAUUACUUUUCAAGCAAUGAAAGCCGGUUUUACUGGUGGAUUAGUGAUCGAUUAUCCAAACAGCACCAAAGCAAAAAAAUAUUUUCUUGUGCUAUUUACAAGUGGUUGCCAAAAACUACCAGAAGGUCUGGGAGUAGAAUCAUCCAAUUCUAUACCUUACACAAAUGUCAGAGAGCGUUUAAAAAAUGCCAGAGGCAAAUCAUUGAAGAAGUCCAAAGAUUGGAUUUUAGAGAAGAAAGAGAGAAGGAGAAGGCAAGGAAAGGAUGUUCGAGCUGAUACUAAAUACACGGGAAGGAAAAGAAGUGGAAGAUUUUGAUCAUAUCUGUCUAUUUGUAAUCAUUGUACAGAUAUGUCAACAAAAUAAUAAAGAUCUAAUGUAUUUAUUUAAUCUUA